CACGCGGCUGCUCAGUGCUAAAUCCUGGGUGGGGAGAGAACCACACCCCGAAUGAAAGGAGAAGUGGGGACCCUCCCCCAGCUCAGGUGUGGACAGUGCCUGGUGGGCAGUGCUGACUGUGUAGCAGCAGCCAGAGGAGUGAGGCAACUGAACAUGAGUAGCCCCAGCACAAAGCCGUCGUGCCUGUCACAACCGAUGGUGAAGAGCGUGCUAGUGUAUCGAAAUGGGGACCCUUUCUUCCCGGGCCGCCGCAUAGUCAUCAGCGAGAAGAAGGUGUCCAACUUUGAGGUCUUCCUGAAAGAGGUGACGGGUGGGGUGAAGGCACCUUUUGGGGCUGUGCGGAACAUCUACACCCCACGCGGUGGGCAUCGCAUCCGGCAGCUGGAGGAGCUCCAGAGUGGAGAGCACUAUGUGGCUGGAGGGAGGGAGGCCUUCAAGAAACUCAACUAUUUGGACAUAGGAGAAGCAAAGAAAAAGCCUGUAGAAGUCAAUAAUGAGGUCCUCAGCAGAGGAGAGAAGAUGGAGGAUAGCUCAUGGAAACAGGUGAAGCCAGUUACACAUAGUAGAAUCAAUGUGUCUGCACGGUUUCGUAAACCUCUACAGGAGCCAUGUACUAUUUUUCUGAUUGCUAAUGGAGACAUCAUAAAUCCAGCAGUACGUCUCUUCAUCCCAAGGAAAACACUGACUCAAUGGGAACAUGUUCUUGAGAUGGUUACAGAAAAAAUAACUCUCAGAAGUGGAGCUGUGCACAGGCUUUAUACUUUAGAUGGAAAACUGGUUCAGAGUGGGUCAGAUUUGGAGAAUGGGCAAUUUUACAUUGCAGUGGGCAGAGACAAGUUUAAGAAGUUGCCUUAUGGUGAUCUACUCUUCAGCAAGUCUACCAUCAGAAGACCGCAAGGCUCCAAAGCCUCUUCACUGCCUCCUAUUGCAGGAUCCCGAAAAUCUAAAGGGAGUGGGAAUGAUCGACAAUCUAAAUCUACUGUUGGAUCCAGCGACACGGGAGAGAUGGUAUCAUCGCCUCAACCUCCAAAAAGAAAAGAAAAGAAAACACAGAACCAAGAGGAGAGCCAUUCUUCUAAGAAAAACACAAAAGUGAAACAAAAUGUAAGAGUAGCGACCUCAACUUAUGCUGUCCAAGACAAUGUGGCCAGUUUUUUCUCAAGAUGUGAGCAAUAUCUUCCAGCUGAGACAUCAGUGAACUUUAUUUUAUGGGGAUGGAAAGAUGAAGGUAUUUACAAAGCUGGUGAACGGUCUGAAAUGUUGGGAGCAGUAGAAGUCCAAGAGGAUGAAGACACUCGGGUAGAGGUGCCAGUGGAUCAGAGGCCAGCAGAAACUGUAGAUGAGGAAGAAAAUGACCACCAGGAAGAAGAGAAAGAUGAGGGAAAGGAAACAUAUGGAGAGAUGAAUGGAGAGGAAAGUUGGGAGGCUGAUAAUGAAAGGAAUGGGCUGAAAGAAAAUGAAGAGGAAGUAAAUGGGCAUUAUGAAGAAGAGGAGGGAGAAGAGGAGGAGGUUGGCUCAAAGGAGGAAGAUGAGACAACCUCCUUAAAUGGCAAAACAAAUGCAGAGAAUGGUGAAACAAUGGAACAGCUUAAUUGUCACAAUGAAGAGGAAGCAAAAAUACAAGAGGAAUUGGACCGUCAAAGCCAGGCUGAUUCUCAUUCUGAAAAAACAUCAACAAACCCAAGAGUAACUAUCACCAGCCCACAAGAAAGUGAAAAAAAUGAACAAACCAAUGAAUAUGCUGCUGUGGCAUAGACAUGAAAAAGGAUGUUAGCAGAAAAUUAAGGAUUGUAAUAUUUGAAAUUGAAAGCAUGUUAUUAUCUGUUAUUGAUAAUUUAUAAUGUGGAGAUAGAGUUGAGUACCACCUAUUGAGUCUUGAAAUGGUAUUGCCAUAUAGAAUGACAUAGAUAAUGAACAUGAAUGUUUAUUAAAAAGAAGAUUGAAUUAUUUUCUCAAGAUGUGACUUUCAGAUAGAUUUUAGGGGAAAAUAUAGGGGGUUUGUUUAGCAAUGCAGUAAAUAAAUGAACUAUUUCUUCUGUGUUAUAAGAUGAUAAAUAGUAAUAGAAUCAACUCUGUGUGGCAUUGUUCCAAUGUGCUCAAAAAAGCAUAAGUUAGACUUCAGAAUUUUUCAACAGAUUUAUCUAGGAAAGAUAAAUAUUUUUGUGACUUUUUAAUUUGUGUAACGUUUUUCCUAGAUUAAUAAGCUGCUAAAAAUAUUACAUGUACUUUGUUUUCAAGUAUAUGUUUCAGAGAGAAUGAAUCAGACUCUCUACUCCAUGGAAUUAUACCCGGCUAGAACUGGUGCAGUGCAAUGGAGAGUCUUUCCCAAUGUUACUGGACAGUGGCUUUCCAUUGCAUUCAAUUUAGGAGCAGUAAGGAAGAUUGUAUUAAUGCAAAGCAUGUAUUUAGCACUAUAAAUAUAUGUUGUACAGUUUAAAUUAAUGCUACAGCUUGUUUGCUGCUCUGAGAAGCCCUAUUGAUUUCUCCAGGUGUACCAAUGUAUAAUGAUCCACACAUGUGGAGAAAUUUGCAGGAUUUGGGCUGUUGAGGAAGACAGCUUCUCUCAGAAACAUAUUGAUUUAUUUGCUUUUCAAAAUUUGGUAAUGUAUCUGGUCAAAAUGCUAAAUGUAUAUAAUAUUAUCGGUUAAGAAACCUAAAGAGCAGGUACAUAGAAGUGCAGUUAGCUUUGACUAGCUUUAUAAAGACUGGAUUUUGAUUGGUUUGAAAUUCAACCAAUAAGAAACUAAUUUAUCACUGAAAACAAUAACCCAUAUCCUCAGUUGGUGUAGAUCAGCAUAGUGCCAUUGAAGUCAGUGGAGCCAUAUGAGUUUACAUACCACUUGAGGAUCUUGCUCACCAGUUUUGCACAAAACUCUGUGCUUUAAUUUCACCUCUUCUAAUUAGCUGGUUCCUGAUAGGCUGUGAUAUCAUUUGCAUUAGUAAAUAAAGCAUUCAUCUAGAAUGUGGUAGCUUUGAUGACAUUGACUCUAUUGCCCCUUUGGAGCCAAGUCUUAACCAAUGCUGCCAAUAAGUAGGAAGUCAUAAGCACAGGGUUAUUCUCGGAUCUUGUGUAUAAAUCAUUUAUUGUACAAAAGCAAGUGGGACUUUUAGGUCUUGCUUAGGAGUAGCUUAUUUUAUUGCUUAUGCUAGAAAACUGUUACUAUGAAAGACUUAAUGUCAUUUUUAUUGUUGAUAAGAAAAUACUAAAUUCAUGAAAAAAUGCAAAAAAUGUUUUUGAAAACUGUGUAAAAUCACUUAUAAUUGGAAACCACAAAUUUCUCCAGCCACUAUUUUUCUUUUAAUUUAUUGUUUUAUGUAUUUGAUAACACUUUGUAACAGUCUGUCUCAUUCUGUAAAAGUCAGUGUCUCCCAUACUGAAAAUGUUCUUCUCCAUAUUAGUGGGAACAACAAAAUCUUCAUCCUUUUUUGUUUUUGUUUUGUUUUUUAAAGACUCUUCUUUACCUUUAUUUGAAAGGUAAAACUGAAAUUGUUUUUUUAAAUUAGUCAGUUAUAAAAAUUCGACAGUAUACCAUUAACUUUUAUUUAACUUUAUUAACUUACUGCAUUUCAUGAGGAAAUAUUCAAUUUUUAAAUACAAAUUUCUGUCCUAGUUAUCUGCAAAACAUCUUUGGAUGCUUUUCUAUAAAGUUGCAACAGCUUUUUAGAAAACAGGAGCAUAAGCAUUUUCAGUAUGUUAUCUCUUGCAGUGACAUAUAAUAUCAUUACAAAUAUGAGUGCUGGUACCAGGCACUCUUGUGUUAUUUCAAAUAGAGAGGUUUAGCUUGCUGGGACACAGGUAGUGCUGAUGACUUCCCAGUAAAACUGAAACAAAAAGCAUUGCAACUGUGUGUGUGGGGCCCUGACAACAGAUUUUCUGCUUGCUUGGUACAUGUUUGCUGGCUUAUGCAAGUUAUGAGUAUGCAUUAUUGUAUUAACUUCAAAUGCAGAAAUUAGAAUUUUUAAAAACAGUUUGCUUUUAAGGAGAAAGAUUCUAAAUUUGAUUUUAGAUCACAAGCAGCUUGGUCUUUUAACCCAAUCUUUGGAGGAUUGAUUUUAAGUCUGACAACCUAGUCCGACAACCUAGCACAGCCUAUACAUGUGCUCUAAAGUGUUUCUAUUAGAACGCGUUGGAGCAGACAGCUGGAGCGUUCUAAUUAGAAUGCUCCCGUGUGCUGCAGUGUUGCAUGUAUUCCCUAUCCCACGUUUCAGAAUGGCAGUGGGGAGCUUUAACUAAAGCUCGGCAAACAAGCUUUAAGGCACCCAUGUGGCCAUUUUGAAAUGUGGGACACUAAAUACAUGAGACACUGUGGCGUUUUAAUUAGAGUGGCUCCCAAAAGCUGCUUGAAUUAAAAUGCCCUUCCCCCACCACCCAGAAGCACAUGUAUUGCCACCCCUAGUGAUUACAAUGCAAGCAGUCUGAUCCUACAGUCUUUGCAUUGUACAGAAGUCAAAUUCUGUGGGCCUGUUUCUGCGAAUGUAGAAGACAAUGUGGUGCUCUGAUGAUAUCAUAACUAUUAGAUAGAUAAGGCAUGUGUGUGUGUGUGUGUGUGUGUGUGUGUGUACCCACAUAUGUGUGUGUAUAUAUUCUAGCCAGUUCUAGGCUUUAUUCUAUACUUGACAUGGUGACAUAAAACCUUUUGUAAACACUGUAGUAAUUUUCAGAGCUGUGAGGGUUUAUGCUGAAGGUUGAUAAUGUUUUCCAGCAGGGGGGCCAGAAUGACCCAGCUCAGGUAUACAUACACACACACACAUAUACAUGCACAUAAACAUAUGCACACAUAUACAUAUAGUGUAGUUACGGUGUGUAAAUACAGAGUAAAUACAAAUAUAUAGUGUAGUUAGGUAUAUGUAUAAUGUAUUUACAUAUUAUAAUAUUUGAAAAUGACUUAACAUUGUGUAUUUUCAUUUUUGGAUGUUUGUCCUGAGACACCAUGCUGAGGCUUAAUGGUGAUCCCCUGUCUUCUGACACAUGGGUCCGUUUUUAAGGUAUUUCAGUUUAGGCACCAUAAAUGUAUGUACCCAAAAUUGCUGUUCCAUUUGAAAAUCUUGGCUUUUAGGAGAGGAAGCAUUUUCUCAGGAUUAUAGUACACAAAUUAAGAAUGGACUUGUUUAUAUAUGUGUUCUUCACCAUUGGCAUUCAACCAGUAAUAAGAGUAACUUUAUCUCUUCACUGGUGCUAUCCAAGGAAAUUAUCAAAAUCCCUGUACAUCUUUCUAAUUUGUAAACAUUUUGUGGAGUUAUAGUGGGAGAUUAAGUUUCCAGUUCAGCAGCUCACUUAAGCAUAUGCUUAAAUCCCCUCAGAUUACAGCAGACACUUAUAAUUAAACUCAGACCUAAAUGCUUUGAUGAAGUAGGUGCAAAAUCAAAUUACAAUAUAUCUCAAGUGAAGUGAAGACAAAAGUGAAGAAAUUGUUUUAAAAAAUCCCAUCUAAAAUAGGAGUAAGUAAUUUAGCAGAUAAUAAAUCACUCCAAAAUAUCAGAAGGUACAAAACAGAGUGUUGCCUAUUGGUAUUUUGAAUAACUGUCUUAGAGUUAUAUUAAAGUAACGUUUAAAGAUUACCUAAAACUAAAUAAAAUAUCUUAAGGAAGAAUAGAUUUGCUAAAAUUAUUUUAUUAUAAAGCAGCUUAUUUUUUAAACCACAAAUGCAAUAAUUCACAAGAGGACUUGUGAUUUACUCUUACAGCUGAGUUGUACGCACAGCUAAGCUGUACUAGAAUAUCCCAUUAUUUUUGUUACCCACUGCCUCACCCUGAUUUGUUCCAUCCACUUAUGUCCUGAUGUUUAGAUUAUAAGCUUCAUGAGGAAGAGACUGCCAUUUACUGUAUGUGUGUCUGCUGUGGAGGGCAACAGCAAUAGUAAUAACAGGAGCAAUUCCCCAGGGUAAAUAUUCCUAGAAAACAUAAUUCUGUGUGGUCAAAACUCUUCCCUUUACCUUUUAGCCAAAAACACUCUGGACAUGCCAGUAUACAGUAAGCCAUUCACUUACUUAAGGAUUGCUAUUUAUGGAUCUGUGUGUGUGUGUGUGUGUGUGUGUGUGUGUGUGUGUGUGUGUGUGUGUGUGUGUGUGUGGGGGGUGUGGGGGCUGUGUGAAAACGUGGACAAUGCAUGCAGGUAAAGUUUUGUACCUUUUUACGAUAGGUAGGAUAUUACUGGCUUCUCGUGAUAUCUUAUAUUUAUAAUGCAGGACACCCUUACAACCAGUAAUAUCCUACCCACUGAAAAGAGACUACAUGUGUUUUCUUAAGUAAAACAUAUUCUUAAGCAUUUUGCUGCACUAAGGUAGAACAUUUAAAACACUUAUCUGGAUGCUGGUAAGAACAGCAGCCUACAACUAGCAGUAAAUCUGCCAGGAGCUGAGGAGCUCAGAAAAAAAUAAAGCGAUUAGUUUGGAAUAUUCAGGGAAGAGAUCAGCCCCUCUGCACAGAGCAGGGGGUGGGCAGUACUGACUGGGUCACAAGGGGUGGCCCACUGUCAGUAGAAGGUUGCCAAUUCCUGAUAUACUUCAUCAGAUGCCGUCAGAUACCAUCUGAAGAAGUACGUUGUUAAGUAUGAAAGGUCAUGUCUCCCUCAGUCAGUCAGUCUCUAAGGGCUUUUUUACACAUGCUCCGGGAGGUUGGAGUGGGUGGUGCUUUAAUUAGUGAAUCAUGCUAAUUAAAAGCACCCGAUCAUCACGUGUAUCCCCACACUGAAAAAUGGUUGCGGGGUGCUCUGCACUAAAGCUUAUCCAAGCUUUAGUUCAAAGCACUCCAUGCCAUUUUGCAGCGCAGAGAUGCUGAUACACGUGACGCUAGAGUCUACUGGAGCAUGUUCAUUUCUGCGCUUCAGCAGACUCGAUUAAUUGAGUCUGCUCUGAUGCUCUGGAUUUCCAGCACAUUGAAACAGGCUCCCUGCAUGUGUAUAGGAGUCCUAAGAUCUUCCCCCAUUCUGCCUUCAAACUAACACAGCUCUCUGCUCAAGGAAGAAUAUAGAAAUCUUUCCUUCUAGCUACAACAUAAUGGCUAUCUAAAUCAGAACAUGCCAUUAAAUCAUAGGGAUGAUGCACAUAUUACCUUCAUUAGCAUAUAAUACCAGCAUUCAAGUGUUGCCUGCAGAUGUCUACAUUUCAUGAAAAACAGCAAAAUACAAAUAUGCAUAUAGACGAUAAAAGGCAGUUACCUGUGUUAGUCUGAAGUCAGCAGGGUAGGGAAGCACCUUAGAUACCAACUAGUUCAGAGGCAUACACUUUUGUAGAUGAGACUCCUUUACCAGAUGCUCUGGCAAAGGAGGCUGCCACCUAUGAAAACUUAUGUUCUAUAUACCAGUCAAUAUACAUUAUGAUUAUACUGUGAUUAUAAUAUUUCCAUGAAAAAAGAAAGUGAAGUCCUAGCCCCACUGAAGACAUUGUUAGAAUUGCUGUUGGCUUCACUAGAGCCAAAGUUGCAGUCAGUAUAUAUGAUUCAUGAGCCCACUCAACCACAAAUUCAGAAGGUGCCCACUGCCCAUAUGGUCCCUAGUUUGGCAUAAAUGAGAGAGGUUCACGCCUUAUAAUAUAUAUCGAUUACAUGCUGUUUCAUUAUGGUGAUUUGCUUAUUUGUUUUAGUGGGCAGUUAAAGGCACUAUCAUUAUUCUUCCUGUUCACAUUAGUUAAUCUUUGUGAGCAUUAGCGAUUCUUAGUUGGAAAAUAGAACAUGAACCUUUUCUCAAGAAUCUCACCUGUAUGCACCCUUAGUCCUGCACAAGUAAUUGGUAACUCAGAGUGAGGGAAAGGGAGAUCAAGCUCUUAAUUUGAGCUGCCUACUUGGAAUAUUAUUUCAAGAUAUUUGUGUUUUCCAAACUCUGAAGUGAAACAAAAGAAAAUGCUCCCCAAGAUGAAAACCCUCUCCUUACUAUCAAGCCAAAGUAGCUGGUCUGGGCAUUGAUUCCUUCCACUUGCCUCAUUCUCAGCUUCCAUGCUAGUGAUACACCUAUAUGGGAUGCUCAUGCAGAACUAGGCCACGGGCUGCACAGAUAAUUAUAGGUACUUUUCAACAUUAUUUUCUCUUUCCCCCACUCUUCCUGUUCAAAAUGAGUGAUAUCAGCAACAGCUCACAAAGAAACAACCUAAAGAAGAAGGCUAAGUUUCCCCUCACAGGCUAGCCCAACGAUAUGCUUGGUAGCAAACUAUGGUAGCUGGAAGAAUUCAGUAAUAAUUGCAGUGGUGUCAAAGGCAUGGCUCAACAUAUCCAAACCAUAAUUUCCAGCUGGAAUCUACCUGAUUUCCUUUCUGUCCAAAGAGGAGAAAUAAAAGGAACUUUGGCAGUUAUCCUGUCACAGCCCUUGCCACAAACUCAUAUGGUUACAUUAUUUUUUUUAAAAACAAACAUUAAAUAAAAUAUACUUUGCAAACCUACUAUGUAAAUCAAACACUAUAUUGUAAAAUGAUAGAAUGCUUUUGGUAACAAAACACCUAUUUAUUUAUAAAGAGAAAUCUAUGCCUUCA